CUCUCAUGAUUUACAAAAACGGCAUCACAGUGAAAAUUUGUCAAUGUCAAAAAUAUUUAUUUCCAAAAAGAAAAAAUCAUGUAAUGUUUUUAAUAAUUUCUUUAAGCUUUUAAAAUGUCGUCGUUAUAUUUAAAUAUGAAGGAAAUCAUGAAAUGGCAAGAGGAUGCUAACAGAAAAAUUGAAUCAAUUGCAAAACAAUUAGAAAGUAUUGAUAAACUUGUUACAAACAAUUUGUCUGGAAGCGAAGCUAGUGAUAGCAUUAUGGAGCUAUUAGAAAUUAUUAGUUCAAUUGAAGUGCAGCAAAAAAACUUUAUUGAAAAUGCAAAUUCCAUAAAAGUAAAGGAAGUACAAGAUAUGUCAGAUGAAUUAAAAUUCCAUAUACAAUUAUUAGAAAAAGAUUUGGAACUUUUAAAUUUAGAAAAUAACAGUUAAAUAAAACAGUAUUAAGCUUCGAAAAGUACUGAUUACUUAAAAUAUAAAAAUAAAAAAUCAUGAUAUAUUUAUUUUUAAAAUUACAAAAGAAAAAAAAAUUAAUAAUUCUUUUAUAAGAAAAAUAUUCAUUUAUUUUUAAAUACAUUAUAAAAAUAUUCAGU